CGCUGAUUAAUCAGCGAGUGAUAAACGAAAGAGAAAAAGAGAGAGAGAGAGAGAGAGAAAGAGAGCGGCGCCGCAAGUUCCCUUUCGUCGGAGGAAAAGAGAGAAAGGGUCAAAAGGGUAAGGAAGUGGAGGAGAAGGAGAAGCAGGGUAACUAAACAUGUCGCAUCUAAGGAACGCGAUGAUCGCCGGCGGCUGGCCGACGAAGACGAUGUCGGUGACGGCAUCGUCGACGGCGGCGGCGACGUCAGCGGCGAGACAGAGUGCCGGCAGCGGCGGCGGGGCGCUGAUUGGCCGAGGGGUAGGGAUGGUGGACGCGCCGCUGGUGUCCUCCGCACCGAUGCUACUCCAGCCGGUUAUUCCGUGUCGCGGCAUGGCAUCGAGCGCAGCAACGGCGGCAGCGGCGGCGAGCCCGCGCGGCAAGGUCCUCACCGAGGACAACGUCUUCGUGAACCUGCGCAAAAUGGAGUACGCGGUGCGCGGGCCGCUGCUCAUCAGGGCGCUGGAGAUCGAGAAGGAGCUGCAAAAGGGCGUUGAUAAACCCUUCAAGGAAGUAAUCAAAGCGAACGUGGGCGAUGCCCACGCGAUGGGUCAGCAGCCUAUCACGUUCCUGCGGCAAGUACUCACCCUGACGGUCUCGCCGAAUCUGUUGGAUGAUCCGAGCUACCCGGAAGACGCGAAGGAUCGUGCCAGGUUGGUCCUGGGAGGUUGCAAGGGCGGCAGCGUUGGCUCGUAUUCUGAAUCGGCUGGUAUUGAGUGUAUUCGCAAGCAUGUUGCACAGUACAUCCAGGAACGCGAUGGCGGUAUCCCUUGCGAUUACCAUAACGUUAUCCUCUCGAACGGUGCUUCUGAUGGUAUCAAGUCAUUCCUGAAACUAUUCAACGAAAGGAUCAACGAUAAGCCAUCCGGCAUUCUGAUCCCAAUUCCGCAAUAUCCUCUGUAUUCGGCGACCCUGGCGGAGUUUGGACUCGCUCAAAUCGGGUACUAUCUGGAUGAGGAUAACAAGUGGUCGCUAGAAGUCAACGAGCUGGAACGAGCAUUAAGAGAAGUCAAGAAUACAUGUAAUCCUCGCGUGUUGGUGGUUAUCAAUCCUGGUAAUCCAACCGGUCAAGUAUUGACUCGCAAGAACAUUGAAAACGUCAUCCGCUUCGCCCAUAAAUAUCAUCUGUUCUUGCUGGCCGACGAGGUCUACCAGGAUAACAUAUACGAUAAAGACAGUGCAUUCCAUUCUUUCAAGAAAGUCAUGACGGAGAUGGGCGAGCCGUAUUCGAAGAUGGAAUUGGCAUCAUUUAUGUCUAUCUCGAAAGGAUAUAUGGGUGAAUGCGGGAUCCGUGGUGGUUACGCUGAAAUUAUCAACAUGGAUCCGGAAGUGAUGAAGGUGCUAUUGAAGUCGAUCUCUGCGAUGCUAUGUCCUACAGUGCUCGGCCAGGUCGUGAUGGAUGUUGUGGUGAAUCCGCCGCGAUCGAAUGAGCCAUCGUAUGAGCAAUUCCAGAAAGAGAAAAAGGAAACUCUACGGUCUUUAGCAGAGAGAUCGCAGCUCGUCGUCGACACACUCAAUAGUAUUCCAGGAUAUAAGGCGAAUCCGCCGAUGGGCGCGAUGUAUGUGUUCCCGCGUUUCGAGUUGCCGCCAAAAGCGAUUGAGGCGGCGCGAGCGAAAGAUCAAGAACCAGACGUCUUCUACGCGUUUAAACUGCUGGAGAGCACCGGGAUUUGUGUAAUUCCGGGCUCGGGCUUCGGUCAGAUACCCGGUACAUACCAUUUCCGGACCACGAUACUGCCGCAAAAAGAGAAAAUCAAAACAAUGCUCAAAGCACUGAAGCAAUUCCACAUCAAGUUCCUUAAGGAAUACAGUUAAAUAUAAUAUAUUUUUGAUU